UUCCCGCUCCCUCUUUCUCUCCUGCAACUGCGCCAUUCUGGACAUACCCUCUAUAGCAGGAGAGUUGUUUCUGUUCUUGUGACUUUAAACUCUAUUAUUCGUCAUGCCUUCACUUGCAAUUGCAGAAUCGUUCUUCUCCGAAGAACCAAAAGACAAGAAACAGAAGAAGAAAGAGAAGAUGGCAACGAAGAACGCUACCCUCCUCGAAAACCCAAAUUCCAAAUCAAUCGAGAAGAAAAAAAGCAAGGAGAAAACUCAUAAGAAGAUCAAUUCAAAUCCACCCGACUCCGAAGAAGAAGAAUUGAACAGUGACGAUUCACAACAGAGCUGGUUGGAGAAGAAGAAACACAAGAAAAAAAGCAGCGAACAGAAGGAUAAAAAGAAGAAGAGAAAGGCUGUUGAAGUAGCGGAUGGGGAGGAGGAGAAGAGCGAGACCAGCUCUGAACUGGUCGAACCGUUGGGUUCGAAGCCUGUGGCAGUCAAUGGUUCCUCAAAGAAGAAGCCUAGACUGGUUGAGAACACCGACGAUGAGGGAGGGGAGGCAGAUGCUGACGGAAAAGCAAACCCUAACGCGGUUUCAAAUUUCAGAAUUUCCAAGGCUUUGAGGGAGCAGUUGAAGUCAAAAGGGAUCGAAUCCCUCUUCCCUAUCCAGGCCAUGACAUUCGAUACCAUUGUUGAUGGUUCUGAUAUGGUCGGUCGGGCUCGCACUGGUCAGGGCAAAACCCUGGCAUUUGUUCUUCCCAUAUUAGAGUCUUUAACAAAUGGACCUACAAAAGCAUCAAGGAAGACAGGAUAUGGAAGGGCACCGAGUGUCCUGGUUCUUCUGCCAACAAGGGAGUUGGCCAAACAGGUCCAUGAAGAUUUCGAAGUUUAUGGUGGGGCAGUGGGAUUAACUUCAUGCUGCUUAUACGGGGGAGCUCCUUAUCAAUCUCAAGAGAUUAAACUGAGAAGAGGGGUUGAUAUAGUUAUUGGAACUCCUGGGCGUGUCAAGGAUCAUAUAGAGAGGGGAAAUAUUGACUUAACUGAAUUAAAAUUUCGUGUCCUUGAUGAGGCUGAUGAGAUGCUGAGGAUGGGUUUUGUUGAAGAUGUUGAACUUAUUCUAGGGAAUGUGAAGGAUGCAAGCAAAGUUCAGACACUUCUUUUCAGUGCUACAUUGCCUGAUUGGGUGAAGCAGAUUGCUUCCAGAUUUCUAAAGCCAGAUAAGAAAACAGCAGAUCUUGUUGGCAAUGAAAAAAUGAAGGCUAGUGCCAAUGUUAGACAUAUAGUUCUCCCCUGUUCUGGUUCUGCCAGAUCUCAGGUUAUUCCAGAUAUUAUUCGCUGUUAUAGCAGUGGGGGUCGCACAAUUAUUUUCACUGAGACAAAGGAUUCUGCUUCUGAACUUGCUGGGUUACUUCCGGGAGCAAGAGCUUUGCAUGGGGACAUACAACAGUCCCAACGUGAGGUCACACUUUCUGGUUUCAGAUCUGGGAAGUUUAUGAUAUUAGUAGCCACAAAUGUUGCAGCACGUGGUUUAGAUAUCAAUGAUGUACAGUUGAUCAUUCAGUGUGAGCCCCCUCGAGAUGUAGAAGCAUAUAUCCAUCGAUCUGGUCGCACAGGGAGAGCAGGAAAUACCGGGGUUGCUGUUAUGCUUUAUGAUCCUAGGAGGUCAAACAUUUCUAAGAUAGAGAGAGAAUCAGGGGUGAAAUUUGAGCACAUUUCUGCUCCCCAGCCAGCUGAUGUUGCCAAGGCUGCUGGUUUAGAAGCAGCUGAAACAAUUGCUCGAGUCUCGGAUAGUGUAAUUCCUGCAUUCAAGUCGGCAGCAGAGGAACUUCUGAGUACAUCUGGUCUCUCAGCAGCAGAAUUACUUGCAAAAGCACUUGCUAAGGCAGCUGGUUAUACUGAAAUAAAGAGUAGGUCACUUCUUACAUCUAUGGAGAACUAUGCUACUGUACUUCUUGAGACUGGACAAACCUUCUACUCACCAUCGUUUGCUUAUAGUGUCUUGAGGAGGUUCUUACCUGAGGAAAAGGUUGAGACAGUGAAGGGGCUUACCCUUACAGCUGAUGGGAAUGGUGCAGUGUUUGAUGUGCCAUCUGAAGAUUUGGACACAUUUAUUGCAGGUCAAGAAAGUGCAGCAAAUGUGAGCAUUGAGGUGGUGAAAGCAUUGCCACGCUUACAAGAAAGAGACCUGUCAAGAGGACGAUUUGGUGGUGGUGGUGGUGGUUUCUCUGAUAGGAGAAGUGGUGGUGGAAGAUUUUCUGGUGGAAGAGGAGGAGUCAGCAGGGGAAAUGGUAGAUUUUCCAAUGGUUUCAAUGGUCGCAGAGGAGCUAGCAAUGGAAACAAGUGGGGGAGAAGGAGCUAGGUUGGAAACCGGCAAUAAGUGGGAACGUUAACAGGUGCUGUCAGAGAUUUCAAAGGAACAUUAGAAACUGAUUUGCGUUAAGGUAGCUAGGUUACAGGAACAGGAGAGAGUAAGACCGCAAUUGGAAACUGUUCAUUCAGGUCAGUCGGGCCCAUAUUCAAGUUGAAAAUCAUUCUGAUGAAAUUUAUUACAGUAUAGUCUGUUCUUUAAAGUUUUGGUCGUAUCCUAUUUUUACCAGGAUUUUUUUCCUCAUCCUGGUUCUUUUCUUCCAAUUCUAUUAGAAGUUUGCCUUUUUUGUACUGUAGGACCAAUCACCUGGUGUUCUGAUUGGUUAACUCUUCAGGUACUGUAAGACUUGAUUUACAAAAAAAUUGUCAAGUUUGUUAAGUUCACAAAAUUAGUAGUGUUGUUUGAAAAGGUAA